AUUAUUAGCUUGUGAUAAGCCAAAGGGAAGGUUAAAAACAAAGGCAUCCUAAAAAAUGGCAACGGUUGUCGAUAUAAAUAGCGAUGAAGGAAAGGUUCGAUUGCAAAAUGCUAAGAGUAAUAAGUCGUUUCACGAAUGGAUUCAAGUCGUUUUUUCAAAGCAAAAAUUUCACUCUGGUUGUGGAUUAAGAACUACUGCAAUCCUCUUAACAGCAGCCGAAUAUGCCAGAUCAAAUCCAACGCAAAAAUUUAUCCCGGAGUGUCAGCAGCCUUUCACUGAAAAAGGAUUGAUGGAUUCAGAGAAUUUUAAAGCAAUUAGUUCAUUUGAAAAAUUAGAUAAAGUUGGAACAACACUAGAUGAAGUCUGUCGUUUAAUGAAGUCCUAUAACUAUAAUAUUAAGAGUUUCAAAGCGUCAGAGACGUCUCUUAAAGAUUUUCGUGCCUUAUUAGCCGAGGUUUGCAAGAGCCAAAAUUCUCUUAUGGGUGUUAAUUAUUGCCUGAAAACCUUACAAUUUAAACUACCGUAUGGUCAUCACAGCCCAAUAGCCGCAUACGAUGACAAAACUGAUUCGGUAUUAAUUAUGGAUACUUGGCCUGAUCACGGGGAAUAUUGGGUUGACACAUCUUUGCUUUGGGAGUCAAUGGAUACGUUAGACAUUGAUAGUAAUGAACGUAGGGGUUUUUAUGUGCUAUACAAUGAUAUCUAAUAAAUACUUGGGCCUGUUAGAUAGGCUUUUAAAUGAUAAAAACCCAUUGAUUUUUAAAGGGUGUGUUUGUGUAGCUGGGGACAGGGGUGGUCUUACUGUCAAAAAGGGGAAAAGGGAGAAAGAGCAUUGAGUGUAUUUAAGUCGAUCUCAAUAUCGUAUUGUCAAUAAAUUUGUUAUUCGAUUGAAAUAUAGCAAUACUAAGGCGUCGGCCGAAAGGGUGAAGAUAUAUCUUUUUUAGCUCUUUAUAAAAUAUUAAAUAAUGGAUGAAGAUGACAAUUUAAGCUAUGACGAACAACAGUUCGAACACAACAGCGACCUCAAAGGCGUCGCUUACUACAAUCGAGACUUAAGCGAUUCGGAUGAGGGUCGUAAAAGGAUCUUGACAACUACUGCCGAACAGGAAGAGGCCAUAAAGGAUUUAUUUAUACAAUUCGGCUGGUUGUUUGAUUAUAGCGUUUUGCCGGUCGUUAAUAAAAAUGCUACGCAAUCUAGAGACGGAUUUUCGGAUGAUGCUAGUGCACAGAGUAUGCGUACCGAAGAACACUCGUUCGGUAGCAUUUCCGGACCAAAUCUUCCAAGAACAGGAAUCCUGCGACUCCAUCCUGAUGAGGAAAUUAGAGAUGAACAAGAGAAAGGCAUUGAUGCUAUGUAUGAGAGUCAUGGCUGGGAAUUGAAAUAUACAGAUGCAUCGGAAUUAAUUAAUAUCAAAGAUCUCUUACAGACACACGGAGACUUACAACCAAACGUUGCUUUAGUCAAAGUAAAUAGAGAUCAAGAAUGGAAACUGAAAGAAUGUUUUUGGCGAAAUAGAUGGGAUUUUGAGAGUUCAGUUCUUGCUGUUCUUCCCCAUUAUCAAAUUGAAAGGAGAAAACAAGAAGGGGAAUUAAGUAAGAAAAGAUUACUGUUAUGUCAAAUAAAACCAGCAGAACGUCAUAUUCUAAAGGAAUAUGAAGAAUUAAACGAUAAAAAUAUACAGGAAAGUUGUCUUAUUGACGUGAUUGACGAAACUUCCGCAAUGGUCAUUCAAAAUUGUAAUCGUUACCUUGUUAUAAGAAUAACAAAGUCUGAGUCAGAGCACAUACAGCAAUUUUUCUUUGAGCAUGGUUCCUCGCUUAAUUUCACUACUUUAGAUAGUGAAAGAUUCACGGAGCCCAGAGAGGAAUCAGAAGAUAAUCAAUCCAAGAUAAAGUUCUAUUGGCAUGUUAUAGGGAGAAUAGCUGCUUUUUUACUAAUCGCUAUUCACCUAGCUGUGGCUGCAGGAUUUCUUAACACUGCGUAUAAACAGUUACACUACAGGGCUAUAAAGACCUUAGGGAAAAAUAUCGAUUAUAAAUCUCUAAGAGCGGAGGUGACAGCUUCUGUAGUGCUGGUUAUCAUUGCUAUCUCCUGUAUGAUGCUAAUCCUCUCCGGAUUAAUCAAGCUUAUACCAAAAUUGUAUGAUAUUGGUAAUAGGUUAAAGCAUUUGAUACCAAUACCUAUUUUUUUCUUUAUCCUGUUUGGGAUGUAUUCUAUUUGGAUUGCAUCAUCAUGCUUACAGUUGGCCGUUCAAUAUGUGGAUUCAGAACCGCAAAAUAUACUUUGCACUGAGGAAGCUAAUAAAUGCUUGUGUAUCUUACCUCACGCAAAUCAUUGGCUGGAAUUCGCAAUAAACCAUUCUAGAAAAUGCUCUGAAGAAUAUUUGUUAAAGCGUCUAGACGCCUUAGGAAUUUAUUAUGACAAAAUUGCAAGAGUCUCAGUUAGAAAUAUUACCUUUGACAAUGACGUUUAUGACAUAGGAAGAGUAACUUCGGCAUUCCGGUCUCUAUCAUUCUCUCCUGCAAUUUUAACAGCGACACUCGUAUGUUUGACCCCCGAUCUAGUCGGAUCUAUAAGUCUGGGAAGAUUACGUUUAUUCAUGGACGCUUGCCUCAGAGCUCUGCUCGACUUAAUCGACAUUCUCGAUCUACUUUCCUACGUAUUUGCCACACCAUCUCAAUAUAAAGAGCAGAAAGCUCUGAUACUUAUCUUAGGCAUUUUAUUCGUUUUUAUAUCGCUAAUUGUAAUUGUGCAAAUUGUAUCUCAUGAUGCCUUUAGAUGUGGGGUAAGGCUUGUAAGCCGGAAGAGUAAAUAUUGGGCGUUUGUGACGGCUAUUAAUUUACUAGUUUAUUAUGUUUUCUUUGCCCAAUUUGCCCUGUUUAUAGUUAGAGUUUGGACAGGACAUGUGAGAUGGUCGCAUGGAGGUGCUGUUAUUGCAGAACUAGCUUUCAUAUCAUUUAUCGUUAAGGAAUUUGUUGUUCUGGUCGAUGCCUAUCUAAACAGAAAUAGACGACGUGCAAUAGUUAAAUACGAAUCGGAAGAUAAUUAA